ACGGACAAAUUUUUUCAAAUAAUUUGAACACAGGUAAGAGGGAUGUGUAAGGGUAUUGGCUGCUUUAUUAUUGUGAUUUGUCAUUUACUCUCCUUGAUCUCUUCUUUAAAGUUUGUGCCAAGAGCCAAUCUUGCUUCUUUAUCAGCUAAUAUAUGUUGUUUCUUUCAUUGUUUUUUUUUUUUUUUUUUUUUUUUUUUUUUUUUUUUUUAUCCCUGUUUGUUAUGCAGAUAAAAUAUUAUGAUAGGUUAUCACCUCUGGAACCAUCAAAGGUGCCUCUUGGAUCAUUUACGAAUAUAAAAAAGGGGGAUUGCAUAGUUACCUUUUCACGUCGUCAAAUAUAUAAUUAUAAAAGAAAAAUUGAAAAUGAGGGAAAUCAUCUUUGCUCUGUUGUGUACGGUUCACUACCCCCGGAAACUCGUACGAGACAGGCAACUAUGUUUAAUGAUGCUACCAGUGAGUUUGAUGUUCUUGUGGCUAGUGAUGCUAUUGGAAUGGGUCUCAAUUUAAAUAUUUCCAGAAUCAUAUUUUCAACGCUGCAAAAGUUUGAUGGUCAAGAGAUGCGUGAUCUGACUGUGCCAGAGAUUAAGCAAAUAGCAGGAAGAGCUGGUAGAUAUGGGUCCAAGUAUCCACUUGGUGAAGUGACAUGUCUAAACGAGGAAGAUCUACUACUACUACAUUCGUCACUCAACUCUCCAUCUCCAGACCUAGAGCGUGCGGGAUUGUUUCCGAGCUAUGAUCUUUUGCUCAUGUAUUCAAGAGCGAAUCCACAAAAUGGAUUGUACCAGAUAUUGGAACACUUUUCAAUCAAUGCUAAAUUAGCAUCAAAUUACUUCAUGUCCAAUUGUGAAGAAUUGCUGAAAGUAGCUGCCAUUAUUGACGAGCUGCCACUUGGUUUGCGUGAGAAAUAUAUUUUCUGUAUCAGUCCAGUUGAUGUGGACGAUGAUAUAUCAUCGCAAGGACUUGUGCAGUUGAUUUUACUCUGUAAAUAUAUAUGUGGACAGUUUGCACAAACAUAUGCCAAGAAAGGCAUUGUUAAUUUACGGGAGAUUUUCACACCUGGGACGCUUAAGGUGCCUAAAACACCAGCUGCUAUGCAAGAACUGGAAUCUAUUCAUAAGGUCUUGGAGCUUUAUGUGUGGUUGAGUUAUCGCUUGGACGAUUCAUUUCCUGACCGUGAAAUGGCAGCUUCCCAGAAGUCUAUUUGUAGCAUGUUGAUCGAAGAGUUCCUAGAGCAACAUGGUUGGCAGCAGCCACGGUUCAAGAAAAAAUUAGCCCUUUCAAAAUUCUCUUUUAUCCCUGUAUAAAAGGCCACAACUGUAGUCUCCCCUUUGGUGUAAUCCUGAUAAUAUUGCUAUUUCCGUCAAGCCUAUCAGUUCUUUUCAAAAACUGUACUGUGCGAAGUAAGCGUACGGGAUAAAGUACUCCUCAAGUGACUGCGAUGCCAUGCUUUUCCAAAGUGUUUGGUCUCAUAGAGUUCACAAUUGAAAUGGCAAUGACAGUUCAUAUACUCAGUCGACAAGCAAAAUAUUACUCGUAGUUGUUGGAAGAAAAUACAUGAUCAACAAGACUUAAGUUGCUUUCCUCACGUAUACCUCAUUGUAAUCAUACAAUUGUCUUCUAAAUGAAAAAAAUUAAGUGUAAAUAGUUUCACUUUAUAGUUUGUUAAUUUAUUUAUUUAAUACCUUGUUUUUAGUUUACGUUUUUGUUAAUGAAUGAAUAAAUUAUAAAACAGUUGAGAACUAAAUGCAUAGGGUAAUCACAUAUUUUACAGAUUGUGUUUGAUUCAACUUGUGCAGUCUUGCUCAAUUUGGACUUUCAACUUCUGGAGUCCAAUGGAAUUUUAAAACGUACUUCGUAU